GCAAUGUCUCAGGCUGUGCAGACAAAUGGAACUCAGCCAUUAAGCAAAACAUGGGAACUCAGUUUAUAUGAAUUACAACGAACACCUCAGGAGGCAAUAACAGAUGGUUUGGAAAUUGUGGUUUCACCUCGAAGUCUGCACAGUGAAUUAAUGUGCCCGAUUUGUUUGGAUAUGUUGAAGAACACCAUGACUACAAAGGAGUGUUUACAUCGUUUUUGUGCAGACUGCAUUAUCACAGCCCUUAGAAGUGGCAACAAAGAAUGCCCUACCUGUCGGAAAAAGCUAGUUUCUAAAAGAUCACUAAGGCCAGACCCAAACUUUGAUGCACUCAUCAGCAAAAUUUAUCCAAGUCGUGAUGAGUAUGAAGCUCAUCAAGAGAGAGUAUUAGCCAGAAUUAACAAGCACAAUAAUCAGCAAGCACUCAGUCACAGCAUUGAGGAAGGACUGAAGAUACAGGCCUUGAACAGAUUACAGCGAGGCAAGAAACAACAGAUUGAAAAUGGUAGUGGAGCAGAAGAUAACGGUGACAGUUCGCACUGUAGUAAUGCAUCCACACAUAGCAAUCAGGAGGCAGGCCCCAGCAACAAACGGACCAAAACAUCUGAUGAUUCUGGGCUUGAGCUUGAUAAUAACAAUGCAACAGUGGCAAUUGAUCCAGUAAUGGAUGGUGCUAGUGAAAUUGAAUUGGUAUUCAGGCCUCAUCCGACACUUAUGGAAAAAGAUGACAGUGCCCAGACGAGAUACAUAAAGACUUCAGGUAAUGCCACUGUGGACCACUUAUCCAAGUAUCUGGCUGUGAGGUUAGCUUUAGAAGAACUUCGAAGCAAAGGAGAAUCAAACCAGAUGAACCUUGAUACAGCCAGUGAGAAACAGUAUACUAUUUAUAUAGCAACAGCCAGUGGCCAGUUCACUGUAUUAAAUGGCUCUUUUUCUCUGGAAUUGGUCAGUGAGAAAUACUGGAAAGUGAACAAACCCAUGGAACUUUAUUACGCACCCACAAAGGAGCACAAAUGAGCUUUUAAACCAAUUCUGAGACUGAACUUUUUUAUAGCCUAUUUCUUUAAUAUUAAAGAUGUUACUGUCAUUACUUUUAUGGACAGAGUUUGGAUAUGUUGUUCAAUUUUCUUUCUGAGCCAGACUCGUUUACACUAUUAGAAUAUUCCCCCUUAAUUUAAAAUUUCCCUUUUGGAAGGGACUGAAAUUAUUCAGUAUAUUUUUCUUUCCUUUAAAAAUAUUUCUAAGUUGUGUGUUUUCACAAAGUGUGGUUCCAUUUGGAGCACCCUUUUGACCUAGGACUUUUUCAUAGUUCUGUAUUCUUAAGAUUCAAUGGCCAUCCUUUUCUCUCUCCCCUCAAGAGUUUUUUAGGCCUAUAGAAUGUUAAAUAACAUGUAUUCUGACCUUUUUUCCCCCAGAGUCUUGUAUAUUUAUAGUUUUCUAUAUAAGCUGUAGUAUCUUCAUGAAGACCAAGGCUCAAACUUACUGUGCUUAAAAACAAUUCUCAUAGGAUUAUUAUUUUCAUGGUAUUUUCUUCCAUAAUAUCUCAUUUAAAAAAAGAGGUUCUUUAUGAACUAAGUACCCAUUGUCAUGCAAUGUUACUUUUUUUUUUUUCUCAUUUUUUUCCCCCUGUUAUUUUGGAAUUUCUAGCCCUGGGGAAGAGAAUCAAACAAAAUCUGAAGUUCUAUGAGAACUUGGUUCAUUGACAAAUUUCACUGAAGAAAGAAAAAUUAAAUUGGUAGUAAUAUGUAGUCUUCAAGUGUAUAUUUAAGAGGGUUUUUUUUUCUGUAUUAGUUCUCUUGUCACCUCAGUUACUUUAUUAUGUGUGUUUGAUGUUUUUUCCAUUAAAAUACCAGAGAUACGGAGAUAUUUUGCACUUUAGCCUUGAUGAAAAGUACAAGAUAUGUUCAGAGCUUCCCUAUUCUUUUCUUAUUGGUAGCCACAUAUGUUUCAGGAAUAACAUGGCACAUAGAACUAACAAUGGGAAAAAAAAGUUUUCUUUUUGAAAAGUGUGUUUUAUAGCAUUUUGGGUUGCCGUAUCAGUUUAUAAAUUUGGUGCUCUGCUAAUUACACUUUAUAGUAGCAGAUUAAUGGAGUUGUACCCUCCCUUGAUAUGUAGUGAAAGAUAAUUCUGUAGAAGAAUGUCAGCCAGCAGGGUAAAGUCAUUCUUAAUUUAGUUUUAUAUUGAGGGAUAGUGUUGGGUAUUUGGGAGCCAGGCUUUAUGCUGACAGGUCAAGAAAGAAGGUUGACUUGUAUGUUAUUUUUCAUCCCUGUCCCAACUCUAGUUAUGUUUCCAAGUUUAUAUUAUCACAGUAUUUACAAAGACAUGUUUGCAUCGAGAAAUUAACCCUAAAGGGUUUUGAUAGGAGGAAGUGGACCUCCAGUACUAUUGUAACUAACAUCUAAUUAUUGUAAAUAUUUAUCUGUCAAUUUUGACAGAUUGGGGCCAGCUUGGUGUUCUAAAUCUUCAGCCCAAUAUGAGAACUUAAAAGUUUAUUCAAUUUUUUACCAUUUUAUUGAAAAUAUUUAAAAUCUGUUUUUACAGUUUUUUUGGUAAUCUGUGCCAUGAAAUUUGAAAACCACCAAAAGUCAAGGAAACUUUUAUAUUCAAUUCCUUUUCUGGUGUAAUGUUGAAAAAUUGUAUAGAUUAUUAAUGCAUGUCCAGUGAAUAUAACCCUGGUUUUGUGAUAAAAUUGCUUAGGUUUUAUUGGUGACAGAUUAGUGGUUGCAUCAAAUAACUAAAUUCCCAUUGUGACUGUUAAUCGAAAGUUUGUCUUUAAGCGGAAAGUUAUUUGUGAAUAUAAGCUUUGUGCUUAGAGAAUGUGGUUUUAUCUGUCAGUAUGGGAGGAUAUAAACUGUUCUCAUUAUUAGUAAAGUAUUGGAUGUAUAAUCCUUUGUGAAAUAUAGGUAUUUGAUAGAGCA